UCCCGUAGAUAAACAAGGAAGUAGUGACUAAGUACUAUUUCGACCAGUAGGAACAGAAUAGAACCAGAACCAAAUGAUACAAAAUACGCAGUUAUUCCUGUAGAUACCUUCACGGUUACUCGAUAAACAGAUGUUUGUUUGCUCGCGUAGUUAAAAAUGUCUGUUUAUAAUAAAACAUGUUGUCAGAAGUGAACUAACGAUGCUAGGCGGUUAGCCGCCUGUUAGCUGCGGUGCUAAUGAAAGUUAUUGUUUUGUUUUUUAUUAACUGACGUCGUUGUUGUUCAAAUGUCGCAGAACGUGUUUCGGAGCGGGUUCCUGGUCCGGGCCGGUCACACGAUGCUGACCUGGGUCAUAACGCUCAUCCUGUUCCUGCACGACACCGAUCUGCGGCGCUGUGAGGAGCGCGGUGAGCUGCUGCUGCCGCUGCUCUUCUUCCUCCUCGUCGUGUUGUCGGUGCUGUUGUACUUCGCAGUUUCCUUAAUGGACCCUGGCUUCGUUCUCACCGACACCGUCAAGGAUGCUGAAGGUUCUAAUGAGGAAAUGGAGUCGAUGAUUCCUCAGACGUCGACCGCUCGGCUGCGUCGCUGUGGAUACUGUCUGCUGCAGCAACCAAUGAGAGCGAAGCACUGUCAGACGUGUAAACGCUGCGUCCGCCGCUUCGACCACCACUGUCCCUGGGUGGAGAACUGUGUCGGCGAGCGGAACCACCGCUGGUUCCUCGUGUAUCUGAUGGUGCAGCUGCUGACUCUGCUGUGGGCCCUUCAUGUCGCCACGUCGGGCAUCUCGCCCAGCGCCGCUUGGCGCCCGUGGCUCCGGACGAACGGCUUCCUGCUGGCGGCGCUGGCCGUCGCCGGCGUCUUCUCGGCGGUGGUGCUGCUGCUGCUGGGCUGCCACGUCUACCUGGCCGCCGUCAACUGCACCACCUGGGAGUUCAUGUCGCGCCACCGCAUCUCGUACCUGAAGGCGCGAGGCGACGAGGAGAACCCGUUCGACCGCGGCGUCCUCUGCAACCUGUGGGACUUCUUCUGCCUCUGCGGGACGGUGGCGUGGGAGCGGGUCUACGCCAGACACGACCCGAAUCCAGCCUGACGCCACGGAGACGCCUUCUCACAAACUAACUUUAACAUGGAGACAGAUAUUUUUACUGUAUUUGUACCUUUUUUUUAAUUUAUUGACAACAAGAGUACAUGAAAACACUGACGAUACACAGUAUGCGUUGUUGUUAUAGAUCACAUCUGUACACACUGACACUCCUGGUCAGGAACAAACACACACACACAUAAAUUAAUACAGGACUGACGCACAAGUAACAUGUAAUAUUCAGCAGCAUAAACAUAAAGUGCUACAGCAGCUAAAACGACCUCGUCCCGAGCAGGUUGAAGGUUCGGCGUCCUGCUCAGAGACACUUCAGCAGGACGUUCAGGAGGAGUGAGACUUUUACACCUUUUCAGUUUUCCGGACAGAGUUUUGAUCAUUCCUUCUUUUACAUAUUCAAAAGUGUUGGAAAACAUCGUCAAAAUAAGAAAACUUGAGUCACACUUUAUUUUUACAGGUUCUGUCUAGAGCUGCAACAGUUAAUCGAUUAAUAGAUAAGUAUUCGACUACUAAAUUAAUCGACAACUAUUUUGAUAAUCGAUUGAGUAGUUUUUAUGAAAAAAAUUCUCUGAACUCAGCUUCUUAUAUGUACUUUUUUUUUUUUAACAAAAUAUCAUCUUGAGGUUUGGUAACAAGAUCAACAUUUUAUGAACCAAACAAAUAAUCGUACUUUUCACUAAUUCAUACUAAUAUUCUUCUUCUUCUUCUUAACUAAUACCAGGAUAAAUUUACCAAUUUAAAAAAAGCAAAUUGCUCUUAAGUGUCCGAAGUUGAGCUGAUACAGUUUCCUCCGAAUCCUCCAAACUGUCCCACUACCGCUCCAAUGAAGACGAGUUGACCUUUUAAAAUCUCAGCUGCGACUUUGAAAACAUCAAUAAUAAACUAGAAUCUCUUUUAAUUCAACAAAGUCAGGAAGCGUCUUCAGUCUUCAAGCUUCCCUCCUCCUCCUCUUCUUCUAUCGCACUGACAUCAUCAGAGCUCCGUAUCACAGAAUAUGAUUUGCUAAAUUCAAAAAUACAGAUAUUCUCUCACUAUUAUGGCUAUUAUGUUAGAUUUGUCUAUGGCUUCUUUUAUUAUACCGCUAGCGAUUACAGGAUUUUCUAAGUUCACCACGGUGCCAUGCUCCUCUACUGUAACACAAAACAAAUACAGGACAUGUUCAUAUUUGA